CGCGAGCGUGAACUAUCGUGAUUGCACGAAAUGGUUCGCAAAACGCACAUAAUUGAUAUUUUUUGAUAAAAAACGGCCUAGUUUAGGAGGAGCGACCAGCCAAACCUACACAAACCCUGAAGAACUGCCUCUGGUGGACUUGUGAAGGCCUCAACUGACAGGAUGUCUAUUAUGGAUCAUAGCCCCACCACUGGGGUCGUCACCAUUAUUGUAAUACUCAUCGCCGUCGCCGCACUGGGGGCUUUAAUUCUUGGCUGUUGGUGCUACUUGCGGCUGCAGCGCAUCGGUCAGUCUGAAGAUGAGGAAAGCAUCGUCGGAGAAGGGGAAACCAAGGAGCCCUUCCUGCUGGUCCAGUAUUCGGCCAGAGGUCCGCGGGUGGAGCACAAGACCAAGCUCACUCCUAAUGGGGCCGAGAGCCACACCUAGUUCCCCUCAUCUGCCUUCGCAAUGCAUACUAUGUAGUGGGUCCAGUUUUUAGACUCUGUCAGUCUCGAAGAAUUUCAACCCUUACAAAAUCACUCAAUAACACAUGAAACCACUCUGUUUAAAACAAGCUGAUAAACGAAGGCAAACCUAGUGCAUGCAGUUGUCUAGUUGCUUUGACUGUUGAUUUGUUCGCCCAUUUUGUGGUGGUAGAGCCCUGUUAUAAUGUGAAAUCAACGACUGCAAGCGUUUUGUGCAAUGCUGUUUAUUUGUGAAGCUGGAGCCGAGUUCUGAAGCUAAAUCAAGAUUCAUUCGUUUUCUUUAGUUGUAUUUUUUACUGUACCAUUUCAUCCAGAGCUGGCUCUGGUAUUAGGAAAUUCAACACAUUUCAAUGGACUGAUGUCUAAGCUUUAAAUGUUUUUUUUG